AUGAAGGACGGCUAUCCUAGCUGCGUGGUUGACAAGAAGGGGAUCUGCUUGGCAUGGGGUGACCCCCACUAUCACACUUUCGACGGCCGCAACUUUGACUUCCAAGGCACCUGCACUUAUACCAUCUCCAAGACCUGUGGCAGCAACAAAGGGCUUCCGGAAUUCGAAAUCGAGGCCAAGAACGAGAACUGCGGCAGCUCUCGUGUCUCCUUCGUCUUCAUGGUUACUAUCAAAGUACACGGCUACACCAUCACUGCAGUCCGGUCGGACGUUGGCCGUGUCAGGGUGAACUACAGGCUCGGGUACCUGCCCAUCAGUCUGGAUGAUGGAAAAGUGCUGAUAUACCAGAGCGGUCAGUCUUUCAUCCUGGUAAGCGACUUUGGUCUGCAGGUUCAAUAUGACUGGGAGCACUACCUGGUUGUCACCCUUUCCAGCAGCUAUGCCGGGAAAGUGUGCGGCAUGUGCGGCAACUUCAACGGCAAUCCAAGCGACGACUUUGCCACACCCAGCGGCUCCCAGGCGCCCAACUCCCUGGACUUCGGGAGCAGCUGGAAGGUCCCUGGGUUCGCCGACGAGGGAUUCUGCAGAGACGACUGCAACGGGAAGUGUCCGGAGUGCGAGCACAGCCUCAUCAAACGAUUCGAGAGCGAGCUGUUCUGCGGAUUACUAACCCGCAUCAUCGAUGGACCGUUCCACAUGUGCCAUAAAGUCAUCAACCCCAAGAUCUACUUUGACAACUGCAUCUACGACCUAUGCAUGGCCGACGGCCACCGGAACUUCCUCUGCCGAUCCUUGCAGGUGUACGCAGAGGCUUGUCAGCGCGCUGGCGUUGUGGUAUACGACUGGAGGACUGUGGCAAAGUGCCCUGUCUCCUGCCCAGAGAACAGUCACUAUGAGCUGUGCGGCAAUGCCUGCCCCGCCACCUGCAGCGACCCUAAAGCCCCCUCUAAGUGCACAUCCCCCUGCAUAGAGAGCUGCCAGUGUAACUCCAGCUUCGUGCUAAGUGCAGGGAAGUGCGUCCCAGAGUCACGCUGCGGCUGCAGCUAUGAGGGCCGCCAUAUCCCCGCAGGAGAGAAAUUCUGGGGAGACGACAGCUGCAAGAAACUGUGCUCCUGCAACCCCAACACAGGCAAGGCAGAGUGCAAGAACACAGGCUGCCGCGCUGGCGAGCAGUGCAGUGUGGUGGACGGGGUGAGGGAUUGCCACCCGGUGACCUACAGCACCUGCUCCGCGGCCGGCGACCCCCACUACCUGACCUUUGACGGCCAGCGGUUUGACUUCAUGGGUACCUGCGUCUACCAGCUGGUCGGAGUCUGCUCCAAAGAUCCCAGUCUGAUCCCAUUUAAUGUGCAAGUGCAGAAUGAUUACAGAGGCAACAAGGUGGUCUCCUACACCAAGCUGGUUCAGGUUACUGUAUACGGACAGACAAUCGUCAUGAGCAGAGAGAACUACGGGAAAGUCAUGGUGAGUGUCUCCGGCUAG